CUUCUGUUCGGGUGGGCUCUGGACGCGCUGGGUGCUUCCUUACUGUACCUGACGUCCUGUACCACUGCCUCUUCUUUGUUCCCAGCGGGAGGGACAUGAGUGUCCCUGGGCCGCCGACCCCGGACGGGGUCCUGACAGGGCCACCCGAAGGCCUGGGGGCCGGGGACCCGAUCCCGGGUUUAAGUGACACUUCUCCAGAUGAAGGGUUAAUAGAGGACUUGACCAUAGAAGACAAAGCUGUGGAGCAACUGGCAGAAGGAUUGCUUUCUCACUACCUGCCAGACCUGCAGAGAUCAAAACAAGCUCUUCAGGAACUCACACAGAACCAAGUUGUAUUAUUAGAUACGUUGGAACAAGAGAUUUCAAAAUUUAAAGAAUGUCAUUCUAUGUUGGAUAUUAAUGCUUUGUUCACUGAAGCUAAACACUAUCAUACCAAGUUGGUGAAUAUAAGAAAAGAGAUGCUGAUGCUUCAUGAAAAAACAUCAAAGUUAAAAAAAAGAGCACUUAAACUGCAGCAGAAGCGGCAAAAAGAAGAGUUGGAAAGGGAGCAGCAACGAGAGAAGGAAUUUGAAAGAGAAAAGCAGUUAACUGCCAAACCAGCUAAAAGGACGUGAGAAGUUGAAUGUUGUUGUCCUUCCUUCCCCUGUUCGUGUUCUGGAUUUGAGGCAACCCAGUGUAGACUGAAGUGAAGGUAGUGCCUUAUGCCCUCGUGUCAUAGUUUGAAAUCCUUUUCCCAGGAGUGCUGUCUCUCUGUCUUCAUGUCAGCCGUUCAAGAAGCCUUUUUUUCCCUAAGUAGAAGACAUAAUGUCACUUGGUUUGGAUACUUAUAUGUAAUUUUUCAACUUCAUUUUGUUUAAUUUUAAAAUUCAUUAUUUUUGGCCUUAAGUAAUUUGUAAACUAAAAAAUGCUUUGAUAGUUUAGUAGUUUUGAUGCUAAGUGGUUAAAAAUUAGUAUGAGUUUUUUUAGCUUAUUAGUAAAUGUGGCUUUAAGAGUUUCACUUUCUUAUUUUAUGAAAUGACUUGCCUUUGUGGUAGUACAGUGCUGGUUUUUGGCAGUUGCCUUUUCAUUGCUUGUUUAAGAAAAAAGGCCAUCUGGAAAAUCACAUAUGCCACUGGAAAAGAGGUGGUGGAAGCCUUUGUGAAGAACAUAAUAGAGAAGAGCGUACACAGGAAGCAAUGGCAUCGUAGGCACAGGAUAGGUGAGCAAGAUGCCGUAUGGGUUCCCCUCACCAUGUACCCUGUCUGCUUCCAGGCUUUGUUGUUGCUAUUUAGUUCUUAGGUUGCUUCUGGGUGCGAAGUAGAUUAUACCUAUUGCUAAAAUUUGGUGGGGGCGGUGUAGCUUUCACACACGCAAAUAUGCUUAAAUAUUUGUAAUUCUUAGUAACAGUUGUCACACACCAUGAGAUACAGUUGUGAAGUUGAUAAGAUAAUUAACCCAACUUUCCAAGUGGAAAGGCUAAUCGCUAGUUCUGCCUGUCCUCUGAUUUGCUGUGUGGCCUUAUAUGUGAUUACUUUUUCUGUGCUGUUAAAAAAUUCUUAAAGUAGAAUGAUAUAUGCCAAGUACCCAUGUUAUAGGUAAUGACAAGAAUGGUGGAAAAUUAGUCAACAGCUUCUUCACAAAAGAGGCAGCAUGGUAACUUUAGUGUUUUCUAGACCCCCCCCCCCCCCAAUAAUAUAUGUGGAGAUUAUUAUGUGAGGGUAACAUUAUGAAGUUGCAUUGUUUUAAAGUGAGAGGUAUUAUUCAUUGUUUUAGUAGUAUUUAAUAUCCAACUGAUGUACCAUCUCCAUUACAUAGAGACUGUACAGAUUAGAUUAGAUUAUAGAUUGUGAUUAGAAUGUGUAUCUUUUAUAAUCUACAUGACAUUUUUGGUAAGCUGGAAUUACUACCUCUGACCACGUAUCAGGCUAACUAAUGAUGGAGAAGGCCUUAGAUUUACAUCGAGUGCUAAGAACUGAUCUUUUUAAAGUUUUGAAAGUUUGAAAGCCUUUCUUUUCUUUAAUGAAUGAAUUAUAAUCUCACAAUUCACUUGACUUUGACCUUAUGUUUAAGAAUAUAAAUAUAUUUCAUUUUAGAAGGCCACAAGUUGCCCUCAAACACUAGGUGAAACUCCUUGGGCAGGAUCAUUAGCUCUGGCAGGACAAUGUCACCUAAACUGCUGAAUGUACUCAUUUGUAUGUAACCUGACAAAGGCUGUGCAUUGUUCUUGGACUGGUUUGUGGUCCAGCUGAGGUGAUUAUUUAACAUGGUGGUUCCUGGACACCAUUCUCAAUUUACUGAAACAAAUCUGUUUGUUUUUCUUUACUUUUCUUUUUUUGAAAAGUUUCCUCAAGUGAUUAAAGUUGAGAACCAUUGGUCUAGUGGUCUAGGUCAGAGGUUUCCACGCUAGGCUGCAUAUUAUUAUCACCUGGAAGCUUUUAAAAAAUACACUCUGAAAGAUUUUUACUCGUUAGUUGUUAGGUAGGGCCCAUGCACAUUUUAAGGAGCCCCCCCAGAUAAGUCUAAUGCAAGGAAACACUGAUGUAGACUUUCUAGUGAUUUAUAUUUAUAAGGAGUGAAAUAGUUUGAAAUUACCCAGUAACUCUUGGGAUUAAUCUUACAAAAUAAAUUCUUAAGCUGCUGCUUUUGAUAUAAAUUCAGAUUUAAGACUGAACUUGAUAGCAGGCAGGAAAUAGGUAUAGAAUUCUGAUGAAUUGAACUUUUGUGAUGUGUAUUAAAAUAAAUCAUGUUUAUUGAAUGAAUGGCAAGGCACAUAUACUUUGAAAAUAUAUUACUUACAUUUUGAAGAUUUUUUAAAAUGUCAAGAAUAUAUAUUAGCAGCCACUAUUUUUAGGUCAGUUGUAAAUCAGAAGUACUGUUACCUCGGUAUUAAAAUAUAAACUUUAGCUAUAUUUCAGUAGCAUAUAGAUAUAUCUUACUAAAACUGAACAGAACCCCUAUGUUAGUCUUGCUGUAUUUUUGCACAAAGUAAUGAAUUGAUAACUUGAGUUGAAAAAGAUUACCUUUGGUGUUUUGGUUGAAAAAAAAAAGUCUUUGUUUUGAAACUAUAUCACAUACACGGAACUAAAAUUAUGGAAGUUAAUUUUAUAUUUACUUUGCAGGAAGUAUCAUGUAAAUAUACAGACGGUGAAUGUAGUAUGGAUUGUGUCCGCAGUGAGUUUUUGGGUGGAUACAGUUUAUAAAUAUGCCAGUUAUAUACCCUCAUACACUUGUCUGAUUUUGAGCUUGUAAAAUGAAGACUACUUUUUACACAUUUAAUAAAGAAAAAAAGGUCUCUGAA